AUGUCUCAGAGUUCUCCCUCAAAGAAAUCGUCUCCUCCCUCUGAAACAGCAUCAGGAUCUAGGGCACCAAAUGUGGUGAGUGAUCAAGAUGUUGUGUUGAAUGUUGUGCCAUUGAACACUGUUCCUGCUACCGAUCCUGAUGAUGUUGAGACAUCUGUUGAUAACAAUGAUGAGACCCCUGGUGCCAAAGAUGUUGAGACAUCUGAAGCUAUCAAUGUUGAAACAUCUGGUACUAAAGAUGCUGAGAUUCUUGAACCUGAGAAAGCUGAAGAGGUUCCUGUUGCUCCUUCUAAAGAAACUCUUAAUGAAGGCCCUACUGUGCAUGAUGUGGUGAAUCUGGAUGAUCUGGAUGAUUCUAUUGACAUUGCUGAUGAUGAGCUCAUCUCUAGCAUCUCUCAUAGAGUCAAGACUCGUAAGGGCAAACAGGUUUGUGAUCAAGAUUUCUCCAAACCUCAAGUUACUCAUCAAAAGAAGGUCACUAUAAAGAAGAUCAAGAAGGUUCUUGCUGAACCUUCAACCACUGGGAGCAAGAUUGAUGUGAAGAAGAGGAAGGAAAGAAGUGUUUCUGCCCCUGAAGACGAUGUCUUAAGUAAAUUCAUUUAUGCUGUGGGAACCAAGACAAAAUUUGACUAUGGGACCUACAUAUUUGAUCAAACUAUGAGGUAUGCUGGUACCUCUGCUACCAAGCUCCCCAUUGCAUUCCCAUCCCUGAUAUGUGGGAUAAUCCUCAAGCAACACCCUGGAAUUCUGAAAAGUAAAGAUUCUGUAUGUAAGAGGGAAAGUGCUUUGUCUUUUCACUACAAGCUGCUCCAGAGGUCUGAUGACAUGACAUCUGCUGGGACAUCACAACCCAGCAAGUCUGUGAACAAAGCCCUUCUUAUUGCUGAGCUGAAAGAGACUUGUAAGGAGUUGGACAACAGGAAGAUGAAGCUUGAAAAGCUCAUCCAAAGUCUUGAGCAGUCUACAGAUGAUGAUCUUGCUGGUGGAAGGGAUGGUGACAAUAUGGAUGAAGACAAAGGUGCUGAUAGUGGGGCUGAGGAAGAGGCUGAGGAUGGUGAGGGCUCUGAGGAUACUGGGAGUAGUGAUGCUGAUGAAGAGACUAGUAGCUCAAGUGAUGACAAUACUGGUGGCUCUAGUGAUGAAGACAGUGAUGGGUCUGAUGAUUAG